CUGGCCGCUGUGCAAGCAUUGCAGCACGAGCGGGUCCCCGCCGGUUAACGGAGCUCGAGCUGCUGCCGUCGGCUGCGGCGGGCGGACCGACCGUGUCGCUGUCGGCUCCGGACGGGCACUUAAAAGAACUGCCAUGAAGGCAACUCUAGGUCAUGUGACCUGUCCAUUUGGAUGAUACUAAGAAGGACAUCAUGUCAUCAUGUGUCUCAAGCAGAUCUACUGCUAGGAGGCCUAUUAACAAGGAUGAACAAUGUGGUAACAGCAUCGAUCAGCCAGAUAUUAGUAGUGGUCUAUCAUCCCUAAACAUUGACUUAGGCAUGGAAUCUUUCAUUAUUGUAACUGAAUGUGAUCAGAACGUCACUGACAGUGAGCUAGGACAAAAUGGAGAAGAAAUGCUGGAAGAUGAACCUAUGCAAGAGGGCAAUGAAGAGAUCAGACCAUGUUGUGAUAAAUCUGCAGGACGAUUAGAAAGAGCUCAAUCAGAAGAUGUCCGAGUACCUAGAAUUAGGUUAAAUAUGUCCGAUCGGAAGCUAUCUCUUCAAGAAAGAUCUAAUUUGACACAGUCAUCAGGAAGCUGCUCAACCAUUAAUGGACGUUAUAUUUAUCCUUCUUUACCAUAUUCUCCAAUUACAUCACCACAUUCUUCUCCUCGAUUGCCUCGUCGACCAACAGUUGAGUCUCACAGAGUGUCAAUUACAGAUCUGCAGGAUUGUGUGCAGUUAAACCAGUACAAGUUAAAAGAUGAAAUUGGAAAGGGUUCCUAUGGAGUUGUCAAACUGGCAUACAAUGAAGAUGAUAACACCUACUAUGCAAUGAAAGUCCUUUCUAAAAAGAAGUUAAUAAAACAAGCUGGAUUUCCUCGUCGUCCUCCACCGAGAGGUGCCAGAGCAGUUCCACAAACUUCAGUGCAGCCUAAGGGACCUUUGGAUUGUGUGUACCAGGAAAUUGCUAUUCUGAAAAAGUUGGAUCAUCCAAAUGUGGUCAAGCUUAUUGAAGUGCUUGAUGAUCCCAAUGAGGACCAUUUGUAUAUGGUUUUUGAAUUAGUGAAACAAGGCCCUGUGAUGGAAAUUCCAACUGAUAAACCCUUGACAGAAGAACAAGCACGAUUCUACUUCCAAGAUUUGACCAUGGGAAUUGAAUUUUUGCACUAUCAAAAGAUCAUUCAUCGUGACAUUAAGCCUUCCAAUCUUUUGGUUGGAGAAGAUGGACGUAUCAAAAUUGCUGAUUUUGGGGUUAGCAAUCAGUUUGAAGGAACUGAUGCUCUUCUAACCAGCAGCGUGGGCACUCCUGCAUUUAUGGCCCCAGAGACUAUUUUAGAAUCCAGAAGGAAUUUUCAUGGCAAGGCUUUGGAUGUCUGGGCGAUGGGUGUCACAUUAUACUGCUUUGUUGUGGGGCAAUGUCCCUUUAUGGAUGAUCAUAUAUUAAGUCUGCAUAACAAAAUUAAGAACCAUCUGGUGGAAUUUCCUGAGCAGUCAGAACUCUCUGAAGAGGUGAAGGAUCUUAUUUUUAAAAUGUUAGAUAAAAACCCAGAAACCAGAAUUACAGUUUCACAAAUCAAGUUGCAUCCAUGGGUGACGAGAUAUGGUGCUGAAACACUUCCUACAGAGGAUGAGAAUUGUACGCUUGUUGAAGUAACUGAAGAGGAGGUUGAGAAUUCUGUAAAACAUAUUCCAAGCCUAGCAACAGUGAUUCUUGUUAAAACAAUGUUACGUAAACGCUCCUUUGGAAACCCUUUUGAGGGGAAUAGGAGAGAGGAAAGAUCUUUGCCUGCAUCAGGAAGCAUUCUUGUAAAAAACAAGUCAGGAAAUGUGAAAUACUGCUAUUUGCAUAGUAGUCAAAGAAAACAAAGUAGUGGAGAUAGUAUGAAAAACUCCGAACUACCAGAAGUUGGAGAGGAUGAAGUUUUGCCAUGAGGUUAUAUGCAAUAAAGGACAUGCAUAUUCUUUGGGUUUCCAAAAAGAUUAUCAGCUGUUUGAUAUUUGUAGAUGUGUCAGAAACUAAAUGAAUGCAUCAGUAUGAUACUACCAGCUGCAUAAUCAACUCACAAUAAGUUUAAUGUAUUUUGUGUUUUCUUUGAAAUGCAUAAUUGCCUGAAAUAUUGAUGUGCUCAUUUUAAGUCAUUGAGAUACAGUAGUUGUAUGAGUGCAGAUGUUUGAUUAAUCUUACCAUUUUAAAUCUUAUACAGAAUGUUUAAAAAAAAGACAUUUUCUAUUUGUGGCGCAUGUUUUUAAAGGCAUUUGGGGCCUAGAAUUUCACCUUCAAAAGAGAAAAAUGUAGGUACUUAAAGUGAUUUUCACAUCAUGAUAGCAAUCAGAAUGCAUAUUGCAAAAUGUUUACAAAAUUCAUUUAAUGUAAAGGUCUACUAUUAUUUUUGACUAAUUUUUACAAACUAUUAUAGUUAAACAAUUACAAUAUCAAGAAUAAUGCACAUUAUUGAUUAAUUUUGUAGUUGUAGUAUUAGUAUUAGUUUAUACAGGAUAUGUAGUUUACUAAACAUUAUUUUCCUUAUAAAUCUGUAAAGUAUCUGUAGUGCAGACAUUUUAAUAUUUUUAUUACUAAUUAAUGUAAUUUUCUCAAUGGAAAUGCUACAUCCAUGGCAAUUGCUAGUUAUUUAUGAAGUUAUUCAUUUUUACAGUGGUUUAUUAAGCAUAUUUAUUCAUGAAACAAGCAUGUAUCAUUUCAAUGUUUCACCAAUGGUUAAAAAGCAGAUAAGGUUAUAAAACUGGCUGUAAAACUAUCCUCUUUAUGUGUAUGUUACCUUUAUGUAUUUCAAUGACUGAACACUCUUUCUUCCCCCCCCCUCAGAGAAGCUAUAAUUAUUGAAAGUAAACAAAUGCAAAAACAAAAUGCUGUGGUUUCUUAAUACAUUUCUUUUCCAGAGGGAAAAUACCAGUUCCGUGAUGCGCAAUGUGCAUUAAUUAAUUAUAUGCAUGGGAUAGAUGCUUAGUCUUUGUUCUGAAUUUCCCACUAUGUGAAUUCUGUUGAAAAUGUAGAGGACUACAGAUUUUUUUCACUAUAAUGAAUAAUAGCUUAAACGUUGUAAGCUUUUGUAAAUGCACUAGGAGAAUAAUGCUUGUAGGUAGUCAUAUGAAUUUGAUGCACUGUGCAUUAUAUUUAAAUAGAAACUUACAAUUUAUUAUAUUAGAGAAUGAGGAAUAGUGAGCAUAAUACAGAGAACCCCUUUGUUAUCUAGUAACAGUUUAAAAUACAAAUUUUGGUGAAACUUACUUACUGCUCCUUUAAAAUGCUAUUUAAAACCUACCUCUUUUAAAUACUUAUCCUAAUACAUCCUCUAACACCUGACUGUUAGUUUGUGUCCGAUAACCUUGAAGCAUUUUGUGUUAAAAGUCACUGUGUAAGUGCAAGUUGCUGAUGAUAAAAAUAUCUUCUAACAUUUUGAAAACAAAGGACACAGUGGCCUUCUAUCCUUUUGUGAUAUUGACAGUUUUUCAGUGGUCAGAUAAAAGUUACAGUUAUGAUAUUGCUGCAAUAUUUCUGGUGUAUUGCCAAAUAUAACUUGUAUAUUUACUAAAAUUAUGUAUGGUUAUGUUUUAUACAGAUUAUAAAUAUCUGCAUUAUGUAUUUAUGGAAACAAUUAUAUUUAAUAUCAGUGGUAUUCUUGCAUACAUAGAUGUUUUCAACAUUAGAACUUUGCUCUGGCUAUCUCUUAGUGAACUUAUAUUUGAUAUUUCAUUCUCAAAAGCUUUGAAUUUCUAUGUAUAGAACUAAUGUAUCAAAUUAAAUUAAACUUUACCUAAUGUCUUGAUAUACUGACAUUAUUUUUGGAGCUGGAAGCACUAUAAUUAAGAUUUAAUUAUAUUAAGUUGCAUAAUGAAAUCAUAAGUAUGGAUACAUGCUAGAUUUUGUGAUAGUCUACAGUUAUUAGUGACUUUAAUGUUGGUAAGUAAUUUGUCUUCAGUUUUAUUAAAAUGGAUUUAUAGAAUAAGAAAAUUGUAAUGGUUAUUUACACUUAUUAAAUUGAUGUUUACAACAG